AUCAUUACCCAAAAUCCCUUGCCGUACUUAACUUUUUCUUCGCCGCCAUAGAAGCGAAAAUUUACGAUUUAGGGCUUUAUUUUGUCAAGCAAUUUUUUUAGAUGCAUACAGUAACAGUGUGUGAGUUAAUUAAGCAUAAUCAUGAAUGACUGAUUGUUUACUUACCCGCCUGAUUAAACGGAAGUGAUGAUGAUGGGACCGGGUAAUCAAAAUUAAUGUUUACUUGGUUUCUAAAUUUUUUUUGUCUUGUAUUUCGAUAAUUUACAGACUUGAAGAUAUGGGAACUCGAGGGAUACCUCUGGAUAAGAUCAAUUUACGUUUGAUUUUGGUGAGUGGAAAAACAAAGGAGUACCUGUUCUCGCCUAAUGACUCAGCAGGAGAUAUAACAGAAUCUGUGUAUAGAAACUGGCCAUCAGAAUGGGCUGAUGAGAGUCUACCUGCCAGUAAUAUUUUACGACUUAUAUAUCAAGGAAGGUUUCUACAUGGAAAUGUAACAUUAGGAGCUUUGCAACUACCACAAGGGAAGACAACUGUCAUGCAUUUAGUGCCCCGGGAAAACUUACCUGAGCCAAACAAUCAAGGACAGUUAAAGAAAGACAAAAGUGGUGAGAGCAACUGUAGUAAUUGCUGUGUCAUAGUGUGACGCCUCAUCUUCAUUAUCUUCUCUUCUUUUAUCCAACAUGGGGAGUGUUGGGCAUGGAUGGUGUUCUGACAAUACUGACCACUCUGCCACAAGGACUCGACUACAUAUUGACUUUUAACUAUAGCUAGUCUGUGAUAACAAUAUAUAGAGGGAACUUGUUUGGAGGACUUUCAGGGAGCAUCUACAGACACAUCUCUGCAUUGAUUUACAAGUCACAAAAGGAACAAGAAGUAAAAAAAAAAAUACAAUGUUAAAAGUUAGAAUAUCCUAGAAAAUAUUUGUUGAUGAAUCUUUCCAGUACCAUUAAUUCUGAAUUCUAAGAUGGUUCAGAUCAUGAAUAAUAUUCCCAUUUCUGGACUAAUGUGCAAGUGUAACCAAAUAAGGAAUGUCAAAAGAAAUCAAAACACUCUGAAUUUAAAAAUCAAUAUGAUUAUUUUUAAAGAAAUUAUGUACAUUGGAUUAAAUUAGCCAGUACAAACCAAAGUCUCUGUGCAGUUAUUGUAAACUAAUUUGUGAAAUAGAUAUAAUGAUGUUAUUUUCUGAAGCUAGAUGCAACAUCAUAAUCAUGAAAAAAGCCAGUAAUGGAUAACUGGCUACAUUAGACAUGGCAGUGAUUUAUAAGUCAAUACAAUGCUAGCUUCCUUGAUGCUAGAUGAGUAUGGGCCCAGUUUUUGUCAGUUGUUCAGUGUUAUUGGCAGAAGAAUUCUUCAAUGAUUAAGUCCUUUUAGAUCACACAUAACAAAGAAAGGACACAUUUCACUGCCAGAGGCUUAUCAGCUCUUUCAUUGACUCUGUUCUACAACUGACAGCCAGUGCCCUUACUGCACUUCAUUCUUUAAGUAUACAUCUUAACUAUAUUGAUUGUAAUGUUUUCUAGAGAAUUAUAUUGUUUUUAAAAAGUUGCAUUUUCCAUCACAUGUGUUAAAAUGUUUUUUAUGUAAUAAUGAAUUAAGUUGUUUUAUUUGUUGCUCUUGAUUCAGGUGAAAUUGCUGCCUAGGUGAUUGUGGAACUUAAAAAGUUUUCAGGAUUUUAAUGUUCUUAAAUGAACACAAUUAAUUUGAAAGAUAAUGAUUUUCUGUAGCACCAGUCCCUCUCAAUGUUACUGUUACAGAAGUGAAUGUCGCUACAAUAGCAUCAGACAAACUGGAGAAGCUUUAAAUUUUAUCUGAAAGAAAUUCUUCUGCAAGCCAGUGAAAUCUGGAUAAAAACAGAAAAACUGUUAUUAGGAAAAAUUGUAUAUUAAAUAUAAAUCACAUGUUUUCAAUAAAAUUUUGAAAAAUUGUGUAUUUGAUAUGCAGAAGUGCAUUUUAAACUGUCAUGAAUGGUGAUACUACAUUUGUAUUAGGGAUUAUUUUUUUUCAUUUUUAAUGGAAGGAAAAUGGAAGCAUGAAAAAUUUAAAAAUGUGUAGGAAAUAUAUUUAAUGAAAUUGUCAAAACCAGAUAUCUUAUCUGAUGCUUUAGAGAAAGAUUGGAUGACUUGAUUCAUUACAGGACAUAAUUAAUGCUCAUGUAACGAUUUUCUUCUUUGCUUAAUUAUUCAACAGGAAAUAGGGGUCUGCUUUCUAUAAUUUCUUACCAUAAUUCAGUCUCUAUACAUAAUUAGUAGUUUAUGAUCUAUUGAAUUAAUAUAAAAUACUAGGAAACAAUACACAAUUUUUUAUUUCUACCCAUGUUUUGCAAAUUUUCAAUAUAUAUAUAUACAUAUACAUUUGUAUUAUUCUCUGUUAUUUUGUGGUACAGAUUUUUGGAAUGUGAUGUCCUUUUUUCAUGUACUUUCCUAUUUAAGCCAUUACAAUUGCAUUGCACUUGUAAAGCAAACCCCUUGAAGAUUCAUGUUGCACCAAAAGGCUGUAUGAAGCUUCUAUGAAACUAAAAUUCUUUCUGCAACAUAAUAAACGUGCUAAUAACCAAUACAGUAACUAUGUGGAUGACUUAAAUAGUAAAAUAACAGUUGUGAAAAUUAAAAUGAUUUCCAAUAUACAUUUAUUUAUUCUUAGUUCUAGAUAAGGAAAAGUGUUUUAAGGCAGAUAAGUUAUUUGAAAUCAUGCAUGAUCAAAGAUACCAGUCAGACACAAAUAUAUGGUAUAUUGGUUAAAUUGAUUGACAUUUGCAAUAUUUUUGCUCAGAUUAGUUUUGGUUUGUGUUGUCUAUGUGUAUUGACAGGAAAGAUAGUGUAUAAUAAAUUAGUAAUACUAUAAAGGAACCCACAACAGGAACAAACACACACAAGAGCUUUUUUUGCAUGCUAAAAUCUGAAAAGUCUGAAGUAGUCAUUGAUGUUAAUUAUUCAGUAUUGUAUGGGAGUGGUGAACAUGUUUGAAAGGUGAUGCUCUGCAAAAUGACUUAACAAAAUUUCAUGGUUGGCCUUACUUUCAGAAAGCCUUGGCAGCUUUACUCUAUGCAGUUUAAAGAAACAAACAUUGAUUUUCUUUCUUUCUUUUUUUUUUUUUUUUUUGGAUAUAUCCAGCUAAAUUUCUGACGACCACUUUUUUUAAAAUGCAGUAUUUUGGGGUGUGCUAAAGAACUAAUUUUUUUUUUCCUGAAUCAUUACCUGCAAUGCAUGAUAUAAAGCAAAGGAUAUCCAAAAUGCAUAUAUUACAUGUAUAUGUAAAUAUAUAUAACAGGGAAGAAAAAUAAAGACUGUCUCAACAAAAUUAUAGUAAAAAUAAAAUAAGUACACAAAAUGUUUUAAGGUAUUGAAAAUUGCAGGCAUUUGAACCAACAGAACUUUUUUCUAUAGAAAUUUGCAUUACAGUUGACAUUUCUAUAUUUUAGGCUGAAUUUUUAUCAUAAUCAUGUGAUUCAGGUUUAUUGGUGUAUGUCUCUUUGUUUUUUAUUUAACACAUUAACAAUACAGUGCGACGAAUAGGAAAGUUUUUUCUUAAGUACAAAUGUAUUCUUGUAACAUUUUCUGUACACACUCUGAUAAGCCUUUUCUUUCUGACUCUUGUUCCUAUAUGAUAAAUAUUUUUUGUAAGGAAAUUUAUAAACUGUGUCACUAAAGUGAUAAUUUCUACCAACUUUCAUUUAGGAAUUGGUGAUGUUGAGCAUUUUGUUAUAAAUAUUUAUGAGUAUUGAAACAUGGUUUGUGACUGAACAAACAAUCCUUAAGAAAACAUAUUAAUUGUGAAUGUCAAACAGUCACAAUUACAAGAGUGAAAGUUUUGUUUGCAGAAAAAUCAUUAUCACAACUCCGAGGUUUUUGUGUCCAAUAUCCACAAAUAGUUUGUAGAAAUAAAAGUGACACAGAAACCUGUGGCUUGUGCAGAAUGAUUUCCUAAAUUCAUUGUCUUUGAUAUUCAACUUGUAAAUUAGACAUUGUAAUUAUCAGAGGAAGUCAUCAUUAAACAAGCCAACCUAUAGAUGACGAAGUUGGUGCUCAACUUAAAUGUAGUGACUUGUUAUAUAUCUGUAAAUUUUGAAUUGUAUGUAUAUCUUGUUGAUAUGUUUUUCUUGUGUAGUUUAAUCCAAUUCCCCCAACAAGGACAAUGCUGUGAAGUGCAAUACAUGUAAAGCGAAUUUUUACUGUAAAAAAAAGCUGCCAUGUAUAAGAAUGCAGAUUAUUGUAUGUAGAUGGAGAACUGCAUCUCUUUUUUAUUGUUAAAGAGACCGAUUUUGUGAUACAUAGUUAUGUUAUUUACAUUGAUAUAUUGCUGUCAUGUCGAUGGCUGUCCAGGAUAGCCUCUUUCUUGUCUGCUUUUAAAUGGCAGGUCAUUCAAUGAUACAUGUUGUGGAUCUGUCACAUCAUAAAAUUAAUUAAAAUUUUUAAUGAUGAAA